AUGCAUAUAUGGACUCGCUACGAGGAUAAUUGGUGUCCACACGACUCGCUUUUGCACCGGGUCUCUGAAAAAAAGGAGGGCUGGCGCAAACAAAAUCCUCACUUUUGCGGACCGAAAGAAGCUACGCCUCAGUCUCAGGGUUUGGACGGCACAUCUGGUCGGCUUGGCAACAAUAGACUUGUAUUCACGAGAAAGCGGUUUUCACUUGGUUUCGGGAUUCAACUUCAACUCAGACCGAGACCGCAGGCCUGCAGGACGUCUUGCGAAAAGGAGAUAAGCCCGAGUCUCGAUGAGGUGUGCGGUGCGGCUUAG